UUUUCUUUUACCUUUUUCAGUACAUUCUCCUUGUCCAAUGAAGUUUGGUCAAACAUUGAAAACAUCAUUGAAUCCUGAAUGGACUUUUCAUUAUGUUGCAUAUGACGAUUUGAAGGCAAUAUUAAAGAAUGGUCUUCCUUGGAAUGAAGUAUCAGAAUCAAGAUUUAUCGAACGGUUAGAACAAGAAUUAGACAAGGUAUAUAGUUUCCAACGUGUCAAACUCGGUGAAAUCCAACGUCGUAUUGAAGCUGAAACUCAAGAAGUAGAUAUUCUUUGCAAAAAAGUUAAUCCUGAUGAUGAUGAAUUUACUGCUUCAGAAAUUGAAUUGGGACAUAUUAUUGCUGAUGUUCAUGAUUUGGCCAAGUUUACUCGUUUGAAUUAUACUGGAUUUAUGAAAAUUAUCAAGAAGCACGAUAAAAUGACGGGUUGGUCACUCAAACCAAUGUUUGGUGUUCGUUUAAAUGCUAAACCAUUUUACAAGGAAAAUCAUGAUCAUUUGAUUGUACGUAUUUCGGGAUUAUAUGAUCGAAUUCGAACAAGAGGAAAAGAACGUGGUGGUGAUUCUGGUGCUGGUGGAAAACAAGCUGCUUUUGUUCGAAACACUACGAAAUAUUGGGUUCAUCCUGACAAUAUUACAGAACUGAAAUUAAUUAUUCUUAAACAUCUACCCGUCUUGGUAUUCAAUCCCAACAAGGAAUUCCAACAAGAAGAUUCAGCUAUUACUAGUGUAUAUUAUGAUAAUGAUGAUUUUGAUUUAUAUAUGGGACGAUUGGAGAAAACUGAAGGUGCUGAAGCUAUUCGAAUGCGAUGGUAUGGUGGUAUGGAUUCUAAUACUAUCUUUGUGGAACGCAAAACUCACCGUGAAGAUUGGACUGGCGAAAAAUCGGUCAAAGCUCGUUUCCCUAUCAAAGAAAAAUAUCUCAAUGCGUUUUUACAAGGUCAAUAUACCGUAGAUGAACUCUUUGCCAAAACAAGGGAACAAGGACGUAAAUCUGAAAAGGAAAUUCAAGAAUUGGAACAAUUGGCACAAGAAGUACAAUACCGUGUGUUAACCAAACGAUUACAUCCAAUGAUGCGUACUUUCUAUAAUCGAACAGCUUUUCAAUUACCUGGGGAUGCUCGUGUACGUAUUAGUUUAGAUACAGAACUCUCUUUGAUUCGUGAAGAUAGAACCAAGUCAAACUGGAGACGGAUGGAUAUUGGUGUGGACUAUCCUUUCAAGCAACUUCCUGAAUCUGAUAUCUGCCGAUUCCCUUAUGCUGUAUUGGAAGUCAAAUUACAAACUCAUGUCGGUCAAGAACCUCCUCAAUGGAUCAUGGAUCUUGUCAACUCUCAUCUUGUGGAAUCUGUACCCAAAUUCUCUAAAUUCAUUCAUGGAUGUGCUUCAUUAUUAGAAGAUCGAAUUAAUGUCUUACCAUUCUGGUUACCUCAAAUGGAUGUGGAUAUUCGCAAACCUCCCUCUCGAUCAUUUUUAUCUCGACCUGCAGAUGGUACCUUGACACCUUCCUCAACACAUACCAGCGAUGAAUCUGCUCCUGCUACUAGAUCUACUUCUCAUAUGGAAAUCAACGUACAUCCAGAUGUUCUUCGCUCAAACAACAAUAACAAUGAUACCAUCAAUGAAAAUACACCUUUACUUGUUCAUCAUCCAUCUCAUGAAAAGUCAAAAGAUGGCUUACUGAAACAACUUUCACCUCCUGGACUUCGAAAUUUGAUCAGCAAGACUAAAAAUUCCUUUUUACGUCAACGAGAGAACAAUAUCAACAAUAACAACAAUAACAAAUCAUCUCCUCCUGCAAAUUCAACUCGUGCACGACCUAUUCAAAAAGCACCUCCUGUCAAAACUUACUUUGCUAAUGAACGCACUUUUUUACAGUGGCUCAAAUUCACUCUCUUACUCGGUGCUUUGGCUAUUGGAUUACUCAAUUUUUCUGAUCAUAUUGGUAGAAUAUCGGCUGCUGUAUUUACCGUAUUGUCCAUGACUAUUAUGUUGUACGCUUUAUACAAUUAUCAUGAUCGUGCGGAUCGUGUGGCUCGAAGUGAUACUGGUGAAUAUUCUGAUAUUUAUGGUCCUGCCGUGAUGACAUUCUUUUUGGUGAUUGCUGUUUCUGUGAACUUUUAUCUUCGUCUGACUGCUGAUGAAGGUAUCUGGAAUUAGAAUCUCUUCAUCUCUCUCUCUCUCUUUCUCUCUCUCUGUUUCUCUUUUAUUAGUCAUCAUUAUGCCUUUACUCUUCUUUUUGUUUUUACCUUACCAUAUUUUCUAGUCCUAG